AUGUUUGCAUCUCCAUUGCCACCUGGACCAGAUCUGCCAUCUGUUACUUCCGCCGGUGCCGCUGGCUUUGUGACCAGUGGAACUGAGUCACUGCAACGCGGCGCUGAACAGCGUCAGGGCCUCAAGAACUACCCUGCGGACAAUCCCGACGGAAAACUCACAGGAGCAUAUACAGAGGGGACAAAGCUCACAGGAACCAACGCUUGCCCCGUCAAGCGCCUUUCAUCUGUUGAUGUCGAAGGCAGUGAUGUAAACUUGACUGCCAGCCUAGACACUUUCAUUGCUGGCGUUCAGGGACAGCGCCCACAGAACUGUCAAACUGCUGUGACAUCCCACAGUCCCCAACCUGAAAGCAAAGACGAAGCUGGUGCCAUCCACACAGGUAGUGCCAAGAACCCAGGAGAAGGAAUAUCUGGGGUAACUCGUGAACUACGCAGGGGCGGCACCAUGGAAGGCUACGGUCGCUCAUCGUACAUGCAAUCAGCACUUGGCUCUGUAUUUCCUGAAGCGUAUACAAAUAGCUACGUGGUGCCAAGAGAAGGCGAAGCGGCUUCAUUGCCAGCUACCAGCUCGUACCAGGUGGUCCUUUCGGAUGGGACGUCCUACCCAUCGGCAGUCUUUCCUGGAGUCAGCGGUCGGGAAUCCGUUACGAGGAGUUCACUUCCGCACGCUGCUGCGCCUCAUAGCUACUUCUCCCCUGCAAACGUUGCUCAGGAGAUUCCAUCUUAUCCGUAUACGGAAACAAUUCACUACGCGGAGCCGGCAACUGCUGUGUCCCCAGUAACUGGUGGGACAACAAAUUACUACACUUCAUGUUACCGCCGGCAAUUCCCAGCCUCGCCAAUCGUGGCCGACUCUGCGGCAGUAGACGAUGAUGGAGUCCCUGCUGUUUCGCUGCCUCACGAGAAGGAUUUUGCAGGGCGCAAAAGCCACGGGGUUUCGGAUCAGCAAAAGACACAGAAUGCUGAGGCUGCUGAUAGGCCUACCAUUACCAGUUUGACCGAGCCAAUGCUGUUGGUCGAUGGAAUUAUGGGUCUUCCACUCAGAGGACAGGCUCCUUCAGAUCGCGGAACAGCUCUUCUAAGCAAUCCACUAGCCCACAGUAGAGACGGCAGGCUAAUAACUACAAAAAAGAAACUACUGCCUCGGCCCAUGCAACUAAUUCACGUGAAUCGCUGGGACGGCAAAGAAGUCCUCACUGUUGAUGAAGGCGCUCGCCGGUGGCUUGCAGAGCUGUCAACUCGAUACGUCGCCGUUAUUUCAAUUUGUGGAGAGCUUCAGACUGGCAAGUCAGGGCUAGCAAAUCUUCUCCUUGACGAGUGGGUUUUUGCUUAUUCCACUGCAGUUUAUGACGGCAUAUCUAGAUUUCGGCAAGGCAUACGCACUCGCUAUUCUUCUCAAGCCGAAGUUACAAAGAGUGAAAGAUGCUUUCAUGUGGCUUUUUCUGAAUCGUGCAGCAACAUUAUGUCCAGCACCGUGGGGUUCGCUGUUGGGUCAUCUACUGCAGCUCCGGUCGUCCACAAAGGCUCACGGUUUGUGCAGCGAGCCGAAUCCGAGGGCAAAACAGAGGGGGUUUGGGUGUCAGCUGUGGAAUCGGAAGGUGACAAAGACAACUUGGUGUACCUUGUCCUUGAUUUCGAAGGAAUCGGAAGCAGGAGAAAAACUGUAGAGCACGAUCAACGCCUCUUUACCCUUGCUCUACUCGUUUCCCACUUUCUGGUGUUCGUUACGAGAGGAGCUGUCGACAGUGACACUCUUUUCAGCUUGGCAUCUGCAUCGGCAUGGACUCAACGUUUGCGAAUGACCCACGGAGGCGUAGACCGUCCGAACCAGAAGCCGCCAACGCCAAGCCAUGGGGGUCCAACUCUAUCCCCUGCCGCAAAAGGCAAGGCAGACAUGACAUCGCUGCCACCAAAGCCGGGAAUUGCUUCUUCUUCGAGCAGUUGGAGGGCUCCUGCUCUUCUGUGGGUUCUUCAAGACUUCAAUAUGUCCAUGGUCGACGAGCAGCAAAACCCUCUUACAGCUGGCGACUACCUCGAAGCCCUCCUUAGCCUGAGUGUAUCUAGAGAGACAAAACACCUCAGCAAGUUGGCCUUAGGCUUGGAGAACCCUCAGAUUCGCAUGGCUCGCCAGGAGGUAUCCGAGCUAUUCGAAGAUCGUGACUGCGUCGCUCUCCCCUCUCCGCUUGGACAGUAUACAGCGUAUUCGCAGCAGCCGCCAUCAGGUCAAACUCAGACACGGGCUCUGGAGUCCGUCAGCGUCUCGGAAUUUGUUCCCCUUUAUCAGCGACGGCUUGCGCAGCUACGUUGCCGCGUUUUCCGGGAUUGCAAAGGGAGGGCUCUCGAUGGGACCGCACUGACAGGCAUUGCUCUCACAAGGAUCUUGGAAAAGCUUGUCGAAGGCAUCAAUGAGGGAGAAGUUCCGGAGAGUGUCCGGUUGCUCGGCUCCAUUCAGCAUGAUGAAUGCCGGCGCUGGAAGCAAGUGUGCGAAGAAGCAUUUACGAAGGAUCUCAGAGAGGCCUUUCAAGCAAAGUUACCUGUUACCACAAAGGAACUACAGGAGGGAGCGGAACAGUUGCAACGGAAAUAUUUACAGCAUUUCAAGAUCCACGCGAUCGGCGACGAAGAGGUUCUUCGUCACUACAAGACACAGCUCAAGGAGAAGCUUCGGCGUAUCACUGAGCGAGCGGUGGAGGAGAACGAUAGACACGCUGAGUGGAAAUGCCGGCAGAAGGCAAAGCUUCUCAGUGACAAGCUUGGCAUUGACCAGAAGAUUAGCGGGAAGCUGUACAUGGAUCUCCAGGCACUUAGCGACGACCUUAAUUUGCUACGCCAAGAGUACAACGCGGAGGUACGGGGCCCUCAGCAUGUACACCAGCGAGUUCUAAACGACUACAUUGACCAGCUGCUAUCCAAAGGUGCAAAAGCCGUUGCUGACGCAUUGAAGGAUCUCGCGCGUGACUCAGAGCGGACGGCUGCGUUGCUUCAUCAAAAAACGAUGGAUGCCGAAAGGAAAGGCGACAAGGCAACAAAGCUCGAACAGGAACUUCAGAACAAGGACAACGAAGCUGAACAGCUCCGGCGUGAGCUUGAGGAUGAACGUGAACAGCAAACAUUGCAAGAGGAACGGCACAAACAGGAGACGAAGGAGCUACGCCGAGAACUAGCGGAGCAGAGAGAAACCAACCAGCGGCUGAGCGCCCUCUACCACUCACGGGUAAUGGAUGAAGACGAUGGAUACCGCUACGGCGUGCGCCGUAGCAAGCAUAGUGCCGUGGGCUUGAACGACCAGCCACGUUGUUUUGGGAACAAGUGCACAAUCAUGUGA